AUGGAAUAUGCAGUCGACCGCAGACUCUGUGGCAGAGCCAAGGGCCAGUCCGCCGCACAUUUGAGCCUGCGGAGCUUCGGCAGUGGCACCGGAGCAAUGCAUGUGUUACGAGUUCCGCCCCUGGGUGAUUCCAUCACCGAAGGGACAGUGGUGGAAUGGCGCUUUGGGCCUGGGUCUAUGGUGCACGCAGAGGACGUUGUCUGCGUCUUGGAAACAGACAAAGUAUCUGUGGAUAUCCCUGCGAAGAUUUCGGGCAAAAUUGUCAGCAUUGCUGUGGAGGUGGGUGGAACAGCAUUUGUGGGGGGUGAUUUGGCCGUCAUUGAACCCAGUAGUGUGGAGACAGGAGGAGAGACAGUUCCUUCCCCUACUCCACCCAGCGGGGCCACCCCCGCACAGCACACACCACCAGCUGCUUCCUCGGUAGCUGAGCCAUAUGGGCUAGCUGCAAGGGUAAGCACUCCUGUAUCAGAUGAGCCGCAAAAACCGCUGCGUUACAAGCCACGUAUUAUGUUCAAAAGCGUUCGCAGCAGGCUGGAACGGCUUGGGCUGCUGCCCCCGCAGCAUUACAAGGCCAUAGAGGACUUGCCCACUUUUCUAAUGCGACCGGCCCUUAGCCCGGAGGAGGUAGAGGCGAUUAAUGAGGGGGGUUUGACGGACGUGGAUGCCGCUGCCAGUGCUUGGACUGUAUCCCUUGCUUUUCGUCCGGUGGCCUCCAAGAAGAGCUCUAGUUCCAAGAGGUCUUCGGCCUAG